UGUGUGCAUGUUGGAACAGGCAGGCUCAGAGCUUCCAAAGCAGCAACAGAAGUAAUCUUAAAUGUUCCUGAAACCAGAGUGAGUCCUCUGGAAAAUGGCUUGCAGGUAGCUUCUGAAGACUCUGGACUCUCAACAUGCACAGUUGGGCUUUGGAUUGAUGCUGGAAGCAGGUAUGAAAAUGAGAAGAACAAUGGAACUGCUCACUUCCUUGAGCAUAUGGCUUUCAAGGGAACAAAAAAGAGAUCUCAGUUAGACCUUGAACUAGAGAUUGAGAACAUGGGAGCUCAUCUGAAUGCAUAUACAUCCAGGGAACAAACUGUCUAUUAUGCAAAGGCUUUCUCAAAAGACUUACCAAGAGCUGUGGAAAUUCUUGCUGACAUAAUUCAGAACAGUACCCUGGGAGAAGCAGAGAUUGAGCGUGAGCGAGGAGUUAUACUUCGAGAGAUGCAAGAGGUGGAAACCAAUUUACAAGAAGUUGUCUUUGAUUACCUGCAUGCUACAGCCUAUCAGAAGACAGCCCUAGGACGGACAAUUUUAGGACCCACUGAAAACAUCAAAUCCAUAAACCGUAAUGACUUGGUGGAGUACAUAACAACACAUUACAAAGGACCCAGAAUGGUCCUGGCUGCUGCUGGAGGGGUCUCUCACGAUGAGCUACUUGACCUAGCAAAGUGCCAUUUUGGUAACUUACCAUCUGCUCCAGAAGGAGGACUGCCACCCCUGCCACCUUGUCACUUCACAGGUAGUGAGAUCCGUAUACGAGAUGACAAGAUGCCCUUGGCACACAUGGCAAUAGCUGUUGAAGCAGCUGGCUGGUCCCACCCAGAUACAAUCCCACUUAUGGUAGCAAAUACCCUGAUAGGUAACUGGGAUCGUUCCUUUGGAGGAGGCGUGAAUUUGUCCAGUAAACUUGCUCAGAUUGCCUGUCAUGCUAACCUGUGUCACAGUUUCCAGUCCUUCAACACCUGCUACACUGACACAGGGCUGUGGGGACUCUAUAUGGUCUGUGAGCCAUCCACUAUACAGGACAUGGUGCACUUUGUUCAGAGAGAAUGGAUAAGACUUUGCACAAACGUUACAGAAAAUGAAGUUGCUCGAGCGAAAAAUCUUCUGAAGACAAAUAUGCUGCUACAACUUGAUGGGUCCACACCAAUCUGUGAAGACAUUGGAAGACAAAUGCUGUGUUAUAAACGCCGAAUCCCAAUUCCGGAACUUGAGGCAAGAAUUGAAGCUAUUGAUGCCCAGACUAUUAGAGAAGUCUGCACAAAGUACAUCUAUGAAAAGCAUCCUGCAGUUGCUGCCAUGGGUCCAAUUGAACAACUUCCAGAGUAUAACAAAAUCUGCAGUGGCAUGCAUUGGCUUCAGGAGUAGUGGAGAAUGAGACCUUGCAGUGUGUUUGAGCUUUAAAAAACCCCAAAUCCACACAGAAACCCCCCAACUACACCCCUGUUUAAAGCUUUUGAGUCGGAAAAAUGCAUUUGAGAAGAUUAAAACUGAAGACCCAGCCACUCCUGUGUAUCUGUAUAAUUAAGGAAGGAAUGAAAACAUGUACAGUAUUUGCAUUUUUAUUAUAAAACAAAGAUUGUCAGUAAGAGUCACUUCUUGACUUUAGUAGC